AUGUAUACUCUGUCUAAAAACAUUCAUCUUUUGAGUGGAAGAAAUAGUUUCAUCAACUCAUUUAGUCUCAAAAAAGACAAACUAAUUCCAACCAAAAUCAACUCAACAGAUAUAAAUAAUGUUCCAGAUUUUCUGAAGCAGAAUGGGUUCUCUGAUUCUUACAUUAACAGUAUCAUUUCAAGGUACCCCAGAUUGAUUUCAACAAAAGUUAAAACCCUUCAACCUAAAUUUACUCUUCUUCAAGAGCUGGGUUUAUCCAGUUCUGAUAUUACUGACCUCAUUCACAAAAACCCAUCCAUUCUUGCAUACAGUAUUGAUACAACUCUUUUACCCAAUAUAAACUUUCUGCAGUCAUAUUUUCAUUCUAAUUCCAAUAUUGUUAAGGCUCUCAAGAAAAGUAAUUGGCUACUUACUAUGGACCUUCCAAAGAUAAUUGGUGCUAAUGUCGAGAUUUUAAGUGAAUGUGGUGUUCGUGAUGAAAGGAUUUCAAGUUUUAUGUUACAGUAUCCAAGGUUUUUCACACUAAAAGCAGACCAGAUGAAAAAUAAUGUAUCCCGGGCAGAGAAAUUCGGGUUCAAGAAGGGUUCUGGAAUGUUUAUUCAUGCUUUAUUUGUGUUAAGUUGCAUGAACGAAGCUACUGUUAAAGCGAAAUUUGAAAUGUUUGAGAGGUAUGGUUGGUCGGAGUCAGAUAUUGUAUCUGCAUUUAAAAAGUCUCCCUAUUGCUUGGGGGUUUCUGAGCAGAAAGUGAAAGCCGUUGCGGAUUUCUUUAUAGAGGAGCUUGGUUACAGCCAUACGGAUAUUUCAUCGAAGCCGACAUUGUUUAGCUAUAGCUUGGAGAAGAGGGUGAAACCACGGUAUGAGGUAUUGAAGAUAUUGAAAUCCAAGCGGUUGGUGAAGUCAACACUAAGUUUACUAUCAGUUAUGGACAUACCAGAGAAGAAAUUUCUGGAGAGGUUUGUCCUUAUGAGGUUAAGGUUUUUCACACUCGGUAACAACACUGGAACAGAACAGGUACAUAUAAUAUGCAUUGUCUGGAGUUAUCCAUUCAUACCUGUUAAGGCAGUACAACAAGAAACAAGUCGGACAGCACAAGAUCAGAAGCAUAAGCUAAAACUAACAGUUAUCAUGUUGGCAUCCAACAACUAG